AUGAAAAUGAAACGAUUAGUUGCAUUUAUAUAUUUAUAUUUAAUUUUAUAUUGUUCAUCUACAUAUUUGGAUGAAUCAAAAUCAGAAUCAAAAUCAGAAUCAGAAUCAGAAUCAGCAUCAUAUUUAGACUCAUCAGCAUCAUAUUUAGACUCAUCAUCAUCAUCAUCAUCAUCAUAUUUAGACUCAUCAGAAAUAUUUUCAUCAUCUUCAUUUGGUAGUAAUGAUUACAGUGGUUUUAGUAGUGAUAGUAGUAUUAAUGAUAGUGAUAGUAGUCUUAAUGAUUAUUUAUGUGAACAAUUGGGAGAAGAAUUUUUUGUACAAACUUUAGGCAAUGGAUUUGAAUCAUUUAGUGGGUGGAAUGAUACAAUUGGUGUAAUUAUCCAUCAUGGGGCAUUUGAUCUUUUAUAUAAUUAUGAAGGUAUGGGUUUAGCACAAUUUUCAAAGCUUCAAUAUCAACUAAGUUCAUAUCCAAUACCAUUUCCAAAUUUUACAAUCUCUCAAGAAAAUUCAAAAAUUACAAAUUUAUUCAAUUCAAUGGAAUUUACAAUUAGUUUUUAUUUUUAUGUUGAACAACUUCCAGCUUAUUCAUCAUCAGAUAGUAGCAGUAGUAGUAGUAGCAGUAGCAGUAGCAGUAGCAGUAGCAGUAGCAGUAGCAGUAGCAGUAGCAGUAACAGUAGUAGUAGAAGCAGUAGAAGUAGAAGAAGUAAAAGAAAAGAAACACCAUCCACUUCCAAUAUAUAUGGUUUAGAUGAUAUUCAAACCACUGGAAAUGAUGAUUUUAGUUUUUCUCAAUAUUCAAAGUUAGAUCUAAAGGAUAUUGAAUUUAACAAACAAAAACAACAACAACAACAACAACAACAACAACAACAACAACAACAACAACAACAACAACAACAACAACAACAACAACAAGAAGAAGAAUUAAGUAGUAGUGAUGAUGGAUUAAAACCAGAUUAUUUAGAGAUAUUAAUAGAUGAAACUAGUGUUUUAAAUAUUAGUGAAAUAUAUUUUAAAAUUGAUCCAUAUUUUCAAACAACAAAAGUUGAUGUUACCAAAUUUUUAGAUGGUAAAAACCAUACAAUUAAUUUUAAAUACCAUUGGACAGGUUAUUAUGAAAAUAGAAGUUCUGAAUUAACAAUUGGAGUUGAUUAUUUUAAUUUUAUUCCAAUACCUUUAAAAUAUAUUGAGGGUGAUAUAUAUGUUUCAAAUAAGGGUAAUGAUUAUAUUGGUAAUGGUAGUAUUACAAAUAGUUUUUGUUCAAUUCAAAUGGCAAUAUAUUCAAUGGCUAGUGGUGGUACAAUAAGAUUGAUGGAUCAAGAAAAACCUUUAUGGCCAUCAUAUCCAGGUCAAUCCUAUUUUGUAGAUACAAUUGGUAAAGAUAUAAAUUUAAUUGGAAAUAAUAAUACUAAAAUUGAAACUUUAAGAAGUGCACUAAAGGGUUAUUCAUUUUUAUGUAAUGGUGGAAUUUGUAAUAUUCAAAAUAUUACAUUUGAAUGUUAUUAUCCAAAUGAUGUAAUGGUUGUUACAUCUGGAGCACAAUUAAAUAUUAAGAAUUCUAUAUUAAAAAAUAAUCCGGAAUAUGCUAGUUUCCUAGAAGGUAUUAUAUUUGGAACAAUAAAUUCAGAAUUAAAUGUCACAGAUUCAGAUUUAUAUGUCUGUCAAGGUAGUUGCUUUUUUGGAAGUUUUGAUACAUUCAUUGGUAUUAAUAUUAGAUAUUAUGAAGCGGUUUCACCUAUUUUAGACUUAACAAAUGGAAAUGGAAAUGGAAAUGUUUAUUUUGACGUUUUAUCAAUUUUUGAUGUAAAAAACUCUGAAGUUUUACCAUAUAUUGGAGCUUUUAACUCGACGAUUAUGGUGAAUGUAUAUAUAGAGAGUCAAUUUGGUGAUGGUUAUGACUAUGGUGCAAUAAUAACCAAUGGUAAUUAUUUAGAAUUUAGAAAUUUCUCAUUGUAUCAAAGUAAUGUAGCUUUUGAGUUUGAAUCAAUUACACUCAUAGUAAUGGAUAAUAUUCUAACAACAAUCCCUACAAACAACCAAAAGCCUUUUAUUACAAUUUCAAAUAAUACUGAAACGAUUAUCACUCAAAUGGUAAUUAAUAGUGGAAGUGUCUCAGUUGUACCUUAUAUCUAUGUUAAUCAAUCGAAAUCCUUUUUAAUUGAUACCUUAUAUUUCUAUGAAAAUGAAGUAUCUGUUAUCAAUUUGAAUAGUGUUGACAAUUUUACAAUAAUAAAUUCAUUCUUUAAUCUUAAUUCCAGACAAGUAUUAUUCUUUAGUUCAGAUUCAAAUUUAAACUUUAUCAAUUUAACAAUUACCAAUGGACCAAAUCCAUUCCUAUCAGCAUCGAAAUCUAGUGCUAACCUUAUCAAUCUCAUAUUUUUAGAUAAUAUUAAUUUAAAUACAAAUUCAUUACAACCAAUGAUUUACUUUGAAAGUAUGUAUAAGGUUUAUUUAAAAAAUAUUACAAGUAUAAAUACUUUAAAUUUCGAUUUGAUAAAGCUUGUCAAUUGUCAUUCAGUUUCAAUCACAGGAUCUUUUGUUAGUACUCAAUUAUUGGGUAACAUAUUUUCUAUGCAAAAAUCCAAUGUAAAUAUUAGUCAUACACACAUUGAAAGUUCUUUCCUUGCAAGUGAUUAUCCAAUUCAUUGUACAAAUUCCAAACUUCAACUUAAUGAUUGUAACUUUUUUAAUACGACUCAAUACUUUUUCAUUGAUUCAAGUAAAUUCAAUAUAACCAAUUGUAAAUUUGAAAAUAUGAUUACAGUUAUUGAUCAAUCAUACUUUAUCAAUGAUUCAACUGGUAGUUUUGAACAAGUAACCAUUGGACCAACCGAUCCACAUAUUGGUUUAGUAAUUAAAGGUUCAACAGUUGAUCAUUAUGAUUGUACCUAUUUAAAUAUCUCAUCACUCAAUAAUACAUUGGGUCUUUACACAGAUUCUUUAAUUAAAUUUGAUGGUUGUAUAUUUACAAACAAUGCAGCAGCAAAUUUAAUGAUGACUUUUGAAGGUGGUAAAACUGUAUUCAAUAAUUGUAUAUUCGAUUCCUUAUCCUCAUUGGACACAAGUAUUCUAAAGAGUUCAAAUCAAGAAUUUCUUUACUUUAAUAGCUCAAUCAUUCGUUAUUGCCAAAGUAAUGGUAAUGGUGUUGAUGCUUUCCAAACUAAUGCACUCUUUGAAAAUAGUAUUGUAAUUUACAAUUAUUACAUCGAAGGAAAUCUAUUUAAAAUGAUCGAUUCAAAUAUCUCAUUUUGUAACAUCACUCAUCAAUAUAAUGAAGCCAAUUACUUCGUUUCAAAUGGUACUGUUUUCAUAGAGUUAUUUUAUGCAAGUCAUAAUUACUUUCCAAAAAAUUUAUUCGAUUUAGAUGGUGGUUCAAAUAUGUCACUUAGAGAAUCAAAUAUUUAUAACAAUGAUGGUUACACGGUUAUCUCAUGUUUCAAUUCGAUUAUGUUCCUCAACGAUUCAAUAUUUGAAAGUAAUUCAUUUGUGGAUUCAUUUGCUAUGAGUGUUAAUUCUUAUGUAGUGGCUCAUAAUGUAACUUGGAAUGAUAAUAUCUCAUCAAAUAAUGGAAGUUGUAUAAAUUCUCAACUUAGUUCCUUAGUUAUACUAGAUUCAUCAUUUAAUAGUAAUUCAGCUGUUGCUGGUGGUGUUUUUUCAAUAUUUGAAAGUGAUGUUCUCAUUGAUCAAUGUUACUUUGCAAAUAAUAGUGCUUCCUAUGAUGGUAGUGAUUUUUCACAGAAUGGAUGUGGCUCAUGUUUCUAUGUUUUAGAUUAUUUAACCAACAUAACCGUUAUAGAUUCAUCAUUCUUUAAUAAUAAUGCAUCUCACCGUGGUGGUGUUUUCUAUUUAGAAAAUAAUUUUAUGGUUGCUGGUUCAGAUUCACCAUACUUUCCUCAAGUUAAUAUUACCAAUAGUAAAUUUAGUAAAAAUACAGCAGAUUUCGGUCCUGGUGGUGUUUGUUAUUCAGAAUUAAGAGCUGGUUGUAUCAAUGAUUCAAGUUCGAUAUUCGAAGAAAAUGUCGCAACCUAUGGUGAUAUAUAUGCCUCAUCAAUUAGUUAUUUUGGUUUCCUUCCAAUAGUUGGUGGUACUCAUCCAUUUACUCCUUUCACAAUUGGUUUAUCCCUAUUUGAUUUUUAUAAUCAAAGUAUGCCAUUCUUGGAUUUCUUGGCAAAUUAUACAUUGGAAAUUUAUAAUUUACAAAAUAAUGAAAUAGUUUUUAAAACUUCAAUGGAUUCAGAAUAUCAAGGUUUAAUUGAAGUCGAUGUAACUGUAAACUAUACAUUAUAUACACAAUUUGGAAUAAGUGCAACCGCUUUAUUGGAAGGUCAAACUAAAGAUUAUCAUAUCAAUACAACAAUAGUAUUAUCACCAUGUGAUAUUGGUUAUGAGAUUGGUUCCAAUCAAAAUUGUACACCAUGUCCAAUUGGUCAAUAUGGUUAUGAUGGUGUCACUUGUAUAAAAUGUGAUAUUAAUAAAGCAAUUUGUCCGGGUAAAUCUGUAAUUUAUCCACAAAGUGGCUAUUGGAUUCUACUUGAAGAUAAUAAACCACCAGAUAUUUAUCCAUGUGAUCCUGCCUAUUGUUUAACAAGAACUUGUAGAGAGGGUCAAGGUGGUGUAUUAUGUUCAGUGUGCGAUCAAGGUUAUUCAAAAGUGAAAAUGUUUUGUCAAGAAUGUGAUGGAUUUAACUUUGGAAUCCUCUCAGGUAUGGUGGUUUUCGUAAUUCUAUUCAUUCUCGUAAUGAGUACAUUCUCAGUUCCAUCAGCAUCCAUUAUUUUCAAUUAUCUAUUGAUUGUACAAAUCGUUGCUGUCUUUGGUUAUAAUAUUCAAUAUCUAACAAUCAUGCCAUUAUUUGGAUUGGAUAUUGAUUAUUGGCCUCAAACUUGUUUAGAUCCAACUAUAACCUACAUUUGGAAACAAUUAAUCGCCCUAAUUGGAAUGCUAUUCAUCAUUACACCAUUAUCAAUCCGAAUUUCUUGGUUCAGAGAUUUAAUCAUCCGUUUAUUCCCUCAUUUGAAAGUUUUCGUAAUUGAAUUCUUUGAUAGAAAUUUAUUUUACUCUGUAAUCAGUUUCCUACUUUGUUUCUAUACACCAGUUACUUACAUUUCAUUGGCAUUGAUUAGUUGUACAAAGAUUGGCGAUGGCUUUUACCUCAGUUUGGACCCAUCGGUCCAAUGCUUUACACCAAAACAUUUGGCAAUGUUUAUUGUGGCUUGUAUAAUAAUUAUAGUGGUUUCAUUAGGUGUACCAAUCUAUAUUUUCAUUCAAAUUAGAAAGAAGAAUCGUUACUUUUUAAAGAUUUUCUUUGACAAGUAUAGACCCUAUUUCCAAUGGUGGGAUUUAAUUCUUUUGUUAAGAAGUAUUCUUUACAUUUUGGUAACUUUUAUCUUUGCAUUCAAUUAUAUGUAUAUCAAGGGUUUGGCAAUCUCAACAUUGGGUUUACUUUUCACCUUUUUAACAUGGAUUUGUCAACCUUAUAAAUCUCAAUAUAAAAAUGAUAUGGAAGUUUACUUAUCGCUUAUCCUAUGUUUAACUGGUAUCAUUGUCAAUACUCGUAGUUUUAAUUCGACCGAUAUCAUAAGUGGUGUGGUCUUAUCUCUAAGUGGUAUUGGUGCUUUAAUUCCAAUUGCAAUUUGUAUUCAUCAUAUUAGUAAAAAGAUUUUCCCAACUGGUUUACAAACUACAAAUCCUCCAACUACAAAAAUUAGAACUAAAAGUAAAGAUACUCCAAAACCAAUCUUAUCAAUUAAUGAUGAAGGUGAAGAUCAAACUGAUUCAUUAUUAAUCUUAAAAAAUAAUUAA